AUGCAGAGCACCGAGCUGAAAGUGGAGAUGGUGGCACUGCAUGAGAAGAGGGUACGGAAAUGUCUGUCCAAAGUGAAAGGGGUGGAGAGGGUGGAGGUGGAGGCGAGCCUGCAGAAGGUGGUGGUGACAGGGUACGCGAACCGGAGCAAGAUCCUCAAGGCGCUCAGGAGGGUGGGGCUCAGGGCGGAGCCAUGGUCGCCGAGGAACGAGCUGCUCAGCGCCUACGCCGCCGGCAGCCUCAUGGCCGCCAACAACUACUACUACUACAGCUUCUUCUGA